CUGCCACCUAAACACGUACAGUCUUUUCCUUCCUGCUUGCUUUACUCAACUCACCUCAAAUUUCAAAAACCCUAAUUUUCUCCUCUUUUUCCACUCCGAUUCUCCUCCCAGGAACCUCCGAAUGAAGCGCUUCCGGGUCCCCAGCUCUUCCGGUUUCACCGAUGACCGUGUACUCAACCCCCCGAUGGCAACUGCCACCGCCGCCGCCGCUUUCAAUUCCACUGUCCCUCCCUUCUCGGCGCAGCAGAUUGAUUCAGAAGUCUAUCCGGGAGCGAGUUUUUCAGUUUCGGAGACGGCUAUGGAGGAUGGAGAGAAUGUUGGGAAUUUCCUCGAGAGGUGCUUUUUAUGCAAGAAGAUGCUGAACCAGAAAAACGAAGUGUAUAUGUAUGGAAUCUUCCAGGCGUUUUGUACACCUGAAUGCCGCGACAAACAGAUUGACAUUGACCACAAGAUGAAGAAAGUUUGUAAACAAUCAGGAGGGCAAGCAAGUGCUGGGAGCAGCAGAAAAAGCAAAAAUCAGUCUGGUUCUCAUCAUCCUGGAAAGCAUGCGGCUGUACAGUUUCACAUAUAAUUAGGUAGUUCACUGUGGUAGUGGUGCAUGGCUUGCAUUUUAUAGACUGGCUUGCACGUCCCUUCACGGAAUAGCCUAGUACUUAUACAGUUAGCUUAGGGUCAGCAUCUGCAUGUAUGCUUUUCCAGGUUAAACUUUUGGAUUCAGCUUUCAUGGUACAUUUUAUAAACAUGUCCUAAUACU